UUUCUGCUUUUCUCUACAUGACCAGGGAACAGCUCUCUCUAGAAUUAGAUUACCAGGAAACAGAAAGAGACAUCCCUGUCCCAAGUCUCAACUACAAUCGGUCUAUAAAGCCUCCCAACUCUAGCAGCAGAUUUUAUCACAGGAACUACUUGAUCACCAGCUUUUUUCUGAACUAUUACUCUAUUCACAUCUGUCAUACCAUUUCUGGGCAGCUAAUUCUGUUAUUCAUCAUUCUUCUUAAGAGUAGUAUAUUGGCAAAGAUGAGCUACACCGGACGUGAUUGGCUAUGUGGUGCUUGCCAGCAUGUUAAUUUCAGGAGGAGAGAUGCAUGCCAACGUUGUGGAUACCCCAAGUUUGGAGGUUCUGAGUCAUUGAUUUGUGGAAGCAACAAGAACAGUGAAGCAUUGCCAGGAGACUGGUUUUGCAGUGCUGAGAACUGUGGAGCUCACAACUAUGCAAGCCGAUCAAGAUGCUUUAGGUGUGAUGCUCUCAGAGAUGACAACGCUGUCUCUGACAGAUAUGGACUUGGCAGCAGCAUGCCCCCACCAGGAUGGAAGCCUGGUGAUUGGAUGUGCUCUAGCUGCGGAGCCCAUAACUACGCUAAUAGGGAAGAAUGCUUCAAGUGCAAAAUACCAAAUGAUUAUGGGCGUGCAAACUGAGAGCAUUUCAGAAAAUCCCAUAUUGCAGAAUGUUCGCACGUGUUUCCUCGUCAAGAAAUGCAAGAUUAUUUCUCUUUUGUUAGAGCCUUAGAUUGUAAAAGAUAAAAGCCGUGUGUUAGAAAUAUGGCCAUGUUCUGGCACUGAGAACAUUUUCCAGUACUUUGUUA